AUGGACGCAGGCGGUCUUACUCAAAUGACUCAAAACUCUUCCUUCAAUAGCGCUUCGCUUGGCGUUCCAGGUACUGGUUUCGCUUCCCGAGGAAAAGGAUCUCACAUCAAACGUCUGAGUGUCCCUCCCCAAAUUUCAACCAUCAAUGAAACUGGCCCGGCAACCGGUGUCGCCACUCCCCGGACCAGCCGUUCUCACCUUUUGGCUGGCUUGCGUACCGCUCCCAAGUCAGCGACUGUCCCUUCUACACACAACCAGCAAUUUCAGGGUCAUGGCCGCGUUGGACUAGAAGGCAGCCGUUACGCUUCUAAUAGAACCAAUGACCGUGUUCCUCAGACGGCUACUGGCGCGACAUUCCCUCAAUACUCUUACGGACUGGAUUCUCAGAGUACAAAUAUGGGAUACAACACUGGACGUCCUCUCUACUCUCUACCAGAGCAAGUUCUCGCACCUCCGGCAAUUGAUUUGGGAGAUGCCGACGGCAUGGACGAAAAGCUAUACGCUGAGUUGAUGACCACCAACUUGUUCUUAGCUGCUCAGCAGCAGCGCCUUCAACAACAGUUGCUCAGUGUUACUGCUGCCGCUCAGCAGUUUCAGAACUUGAGUCUAGGUGCGAAUCAACUCAAUCAGCAAUUCCAACAGCAGUUUCAACAGCAACACCUUCAAUCACAGCAGGGCCAAUUCGCCUCUUUCGUUCCGGGCAUGAGCGUGUACCAACAACAGCUGCAGCAGGGCAUGCAGCCUGUUGUUCAACCCGUUUCUGGCCAACCGGGUUUGUAUUCGGUUUACAAUCCAAUGACCGGACAGCAGAGCUUUAUCUUUGAUAAUAGCACUCCUUCGCCUCAAGAAGAAGAUCCUCUUCCUACCUAUCAGGAGUCGAUUCAGUCGCCCAUCGGAUAUCAGCAACAACAGCAGCAGCAGCAGCAGCAACAGGCACCCUUCCGUGCCGAAGUCUCACCGCCUCCUGAAUCUGCUCGGUCCUCUGUGCAUGCUUCUUCUCGAUCCGAGUCACCCAAAGAUACUCCCUCUCCUCCCACAAAUGCGACUCCGCUCUCAGCCCUUUCCGGAAACUCUCUGAGACGCAACCACAAGAAGAGUCAUUCAUUUGUACCCGGGCUGCGCACCAACACGGAAUUGGCACGUACUGGAGGUUCGGGCCCUCGCUCUGCUGUACUUCCUCAGACUCCCUUGACCGGAACCUUUGGACCCGGACAAGGUCGCGCAGGUGAACACCCGUCUCGCCAGCCACGUGGUCCUCCAGCCCUCGAAGAGCUUGUUGCUAAGCCUACAUCGAAACACGAGGGCAGCAAGAAUUUCGCUACACGUCAGCGUCGCCGAGCGGUCCACAACUUGGUACGCGCGGGAAUUGAGCGUCGAGGCGAAUCUCGAAGCAACCAUGGCAGUGGCGGUAGCAACACUCCUGCCAGUGAGACUGAAUUCGUGUUUUCUGUCUCUGAUGGUGAUGAUAGCCGUCGCGGUAGUGGCAGUCUCUCUAGCAAACCCAGCUUGGGAAGCCUUCGUGCCUUCGCUAAUGGAGCCAUUGGGUCUGAGAUCAAGGAAAAGGAUCGUUCUUCGCGAGAGCGGGUGUCUGCGGAAAACAUGUACAUACUUUCAGCUGCUGGUAGCGAUGAAAGUUUUCCCAACGUCCUGUCUCCCGUUGGUCCACCGUCGACUGCUGCCAUUGUGGCCGGUCAACGUUCAGUGACUCAGACUACAGAGCGACGCAAGACACCCAUGUUGGUGCUGUCCAGUGCUGAGAAGCGGAAGAGCCCCAUAAUGUAA